AUGAUCGCCAUUGGCACCGGCAGGUCGACGAAGAUCGGCAAGGCCACAUACGUCGACAAAAAACGGAAGGAGGUCCAGGUGCAGUGGCAGCGUGUGCCCGGCGCGUUCUCGAACCACUUCUCCGUGCAUGCCGUCGGCGCGAAGACGCCGAAAAAGAGGCGCAUCCGCAAAGCCACUGACGUCGACCUGAGCGCGGUCGCAAACUCGUGGCCGGCUGCGGCGGGCAAGGUUUGCCGUCCAUGCGAAUCCGCAGGCAAAAGCGAGGAGCUCAAGCGGGCUUUUGAGCACAUGACAACCACCGUGCGGAACACGUAUCCAGAUCUGCACCCGUUUCGGGCCGCAGUCGAGCACUUGUGCUCCGUCCAAGACCCAGCCGUCAACAGCCCAUGCCUUGUACUCUCGACCGCCAGCCAGGCCUUCCUCGACACCGCCUCCGACUCGGAUCUGGACGAGAUUGGGCUGUCGCUUCUCGCGCUGCCGUGGUACAACCUGGUUUUCAGCCCAGUCGGAGCCGUCCCCGCCUUCAACGCGCCUGCGGAGAUCGCGGCCGUCGAAGACCGCGUCCAGAGGAUUGCAGAGCACCUCGCGACGGGGACGCGCCAAGGCGUUCCCAUGGUUCAAGUAUCAGUCGUUGCAGACGGCCGCGAGAUCAAAGAGGCGACGCAGGCACAGGUCGACGAGGCGUUCGCCAGUGGCGCCAAGUUUGUGGUACACGAAGGAGAGUGCGCUCGGAACUUGAUCUACGACGGCGACCGCUCCCUCCCAUUCUUUUCCUCCAACCAGGACGGAGAGAAGUCAACCACGACCGCGGUCAACGCCGCGCUUCUCUUCGACAAGACGACGUGCGGCAGCCACGCCGUCGUCGUUCGAUUCAAUGCGAACACGGCGACGUGCCACUGCCGAUGGGAGCUGUUCCUGUCGCGCCGCGCAAAUGGCGUCACGCCGCGGCCGGACCUGGAGCACACGGACCGCGCUGCGCACAUCAACAUCAUUCGCUUCGUGCUCGAGCCGGUCUUCUCGGCGUUCAUCGCCGCCGCCGACAGCAGCCUCGGCUCGAGGCCCAUCGUGGAGUGGUACGCGUUCUCGGACUCCAACGGCCUCGUGGGUGGCGGCAGCGCUGCCGCCUCGCUGCUCGGCAAGAGGGCUGCGAGCUCGCACCGCAUCGGGCCGAGCGACGCGUGGCUGUACGACUUCGAGAAGCUCGGCGUCGCCUUCGCACGCGUGCCACAUGUCUGCAACUUGUUCGCUCUCGCCGGCGCUCGGCUCAUCCCGCUCGAGGAGGACUCGAGCAACCUGGCCGACUCGGAGCUCGCCGUCGCGGCGGUGGGCGCGGCGGCCGAGUGGUGGCGGGGCUCGUCGAGCCCGCUGCCACCGCGCGACGACGUGCAGGCGGCGCUCGAGGAGCUCAUCGUGGACGUGCUCGGCUCCGUCGCGCCAACCAUCGUCGCGACGCUGGUCGCCUACAAGGCCACCUUCUCCGCCGCGAGCUGGGCAAGGUCCGUGGAGCGCCUUGAGAAGAAGCGCCUCACCGACAGCGCCGGCGGCGUGCGGUCCUCGAUCACGCUGGACGAGCUCGGCAAAGUGUCGAUCGACGGGCUGGGCGGGCACGGCUUCGGCCGCCUCGCGUGCAUCAACGGCGCCAAGUCGGAGAAGCGGACGGCUACAGCUACUGCCGCUUUGAUCAAGGCCGUCAUCGCGGCGCAGCUCAAGCACAACGCCACGGUGGCCGAGGACAAGCGCGUGCAGCCGCUCGUCGCCACAAAGAAGUACACGUACCGGCAGCUCGCCUUCGCGCGCCGGCAGCUCUCCCGCCUCUCGGCCGCGCCCGUCUCUGAGGCCGUCCUCGUCGCCUUCAACACCGAGGCGGACGCGCACAACGCCUCGGCGCCACCGGGCAAGACGGUGGCGCGGCUCGACGUCGAGCGCAGCUACACGGUCACGCAGCUCGCCAAAGCGCGCGAGCAGCUCACCCGCCUCUCGGCCGCGCCCGUCUCUGUGGCCGUCCUCGUCGCCUUCAACACCGAGGCGGACGCGCACAACGCCUCGGCGCCACCGGGCAAGACGGUGGCGCGGCUCGACGUCGAGCGCAGCUACACGGUCACGCAGCUCGGCGAGGCGCGCCGGCAGCUCACCCUCCUCUCGGCCGAGCCCGUCUCUGUGGCCGUCCUCGUCGCCUUCAACACCGAGGCGGACGCGCACAACGCCUCGGCGCCACCGGGCAAGACGGUGGCGCGGCUCGACGUCGAGCGCAGCUACACGGUCACGCAGCUCGCCGCCGCGCGCCGGCAGCUCACCCGCCUCUCGGCCGCACCCGUCCCCGAGGCCGUCCUCGUCGCCUUCAACACCGAGGCGGACACGCACAACGCCUCGGCGCCCAAGGGCAUGACGGUGGCGCGGCUCGACGUCGAGCGCAGCUACACGGUCGCGCAGCUCGCCGCCGCGCGCUGGCAGCUCACCUGCCUCUCGGCCGCACCCGUCCCCGAGGCCGUCCUCGUCGCCUUCAACGCCUUGGCGGACACGCACAACGCCUCUACGCCCAAGGGGAAGACGGUGGCGCGGCUCGACGUGAAGGGCACCUACACGAUCCCGCAGCUCGGCGGGGCGCGCCGGCAGCUCACCCUCGCAACGAAGCGCGUCGCCUCGGGUGAAAGUGCGCUUGUCGAGCUGCUGGAGGAGAAGCUGACGGAGCGCGACGCGGCAGGAGCGCUGGUCUUCCGAGGCCGCGGCGGCGGCCCUCAGUGUGGCGGCCCUGACUGGGCGCGGCUCGGCAAGGACAAGUCGAUCGCGGUAUACGUGAAGCACUGCGCAUCAGAAAAGGCGAUGGCCCAAUACCUCUCCCGCCGCUACAAAUCGUAUCCUGAUCUGGCCGCCCACGUCGACGUCUUCACCGCAUCUUGGGAGGCCCUGCAGAGCGAGAUGUACUUCGCCAUUGCGGGCCUCGUCGAUCAGCUCUCUCUCGGUAAGGGCGUGAUGCGACGCCAGGACUGGGAGGCGGCGGUAGCCGAGGUGGCCAAGGUGCCCGGCCACUGCCUCGCCGGCCUGAGCGCACCGCAGCUGCAACGCCGCUGGUCUCGCCCAGCGGGCUUCAGCUCGGACACGUCCUCCGGCACUGGCACCUUCGCGCUCAUCCUCGCAGCAGAGCUGACACCGGCGCCGCCCGAGCGGCGACUACUCAUCAAGAUUGCGCCCGAGGCGACGGACGCAUGCGGCGGCACCAUCUGGUACGACCACACGCGCGGCGUCCUGUUCAACUCGGGCGAGGUUGCAGCGCAAGACGUGUCCGUGCGAGUCGGCGAGAGGAUCCAGGCGCGGCCGUCCUCGCCAUCGGACCCUCCACCCGCCGCGUACGUCCUCGUGCGCCGAGCGGCUGACAAGCCGACGCAAGGCGCCAAGCGCGCAAGAGGCGCGGACGAGCCGCAGAGCAGCGGAGAUGGGGCGACGGGCAAGCGUCCGGCGCGCAAGACUGCAGUCAAGGCCAGAGCGGGUAUCGCGGCUGCGUGCCAGGAAGAGGCGGGGGGCUCGGAGGCGGCGCCCUCGAGCCAAACCAAGCCGCCGCAGGAGCCGACUGGUGGCAGCACCGCAAGCCCCGACGCGAUGGACAUGGAGGUGGCGGAGGCCGCGCCGGACGGACUCCCCUCGGUUGAGCCGGCCGAGGGUGCGGACGCGGAGGUGGUGAACGUGCAGCUCGACCAGGCUGACAGCGCCGCGGCAGCCGACAUCGACAUGGAGGUGGCGGAGGACGCGCCGGCCGAGGACGCGCUGGCCGGGCUCCCCUCGGCUGAGCCGGCCGAGGGUGCGGGUGUCGAUUGGCAGCCCCGCCCAAACCGCGGGAACGUACUCGCUGCUGCUGUCAUGGGGCGUGCUUACGAGGAGAUGAGGCGUGGGCAGCACACCCAGGCGCGGCAGAGUAUCCAGCUCGCCCUGACGCACGACGCGUGGCACCCGGAUGCUCGCCGACUGGCCCGGGCCUCGCAAGGGCACUUGGUACUGGUUCGCGAAAGCAAGUGCGAGGGCGCCCCGUCGCGGAUCGGGAUCCCGAUGGACGGCUCCCCCGUCGCCGUCGGCCGCGGGGUCCGCAUCGAGGGCGUGCCGUGGAACUGGACGUCGACCAUCAGCCGCUCCCACGCGGAGCUACGCGUGGGAGCCUACUGGGAUGUGGAGAUCGCCGACGGCGGCUUCCAGACGCUGGACAGGUGCUCGCUGCACGGCAUCACAGUGAAUGGCGUGCGGGUGCCGGGUCGACCGCGCCGACCGGCCGACGGCCCCAAGCCGGCGCCGACCGUCGUCCCGGAGGGCGCCGUGGUCGAGUUCGGAGGGCUCGGCCACUGUGUCUACCGGCUCAUGCGUGUGGAGUGA